CUCCCGGGUGUGUCGACUUUUUUUUUUUUUUUGGUUAAUAAUAUCCAACAGCUUGUAAGUGUGUGCAGUGAGAGUGUGCGCACUGGGCUGCCCUGCUGCUGCUGCCACUGACUGAGGGCUUCUACUGACACACAGCGAGCAGGGGCACUCACUGGGCUGGGGCACUCACUGAGUAAGGGCUGGGGCACUCACUGAGUAAGGGCUGGGGCACUCGGGCAGCUGCCGAGCCAAGGGGAGACACAGGCUGCAAGCACAGAGCGGAGCCUACUGACUGGGCUGGAACAGAGGCAGGACACUGGAGCUCAGAGGUUGGCACUAAGAUGCCAGGGUUGGUGAGCAGAAACCUGGAUCUGGAGUUUGACUCCCUGCAACCUUGCUUCUACCCGGAUGAAGAUGAUUUUUACCUGUGUGGCCCAGACUCUGCCCCCCCAGGGGAAGACAUCUGGAAGAAGUUUGAAUUGCUUCCUACACCCCCACUUUCCCCCAGUCGUUCUGGGCUGCAUGGUGAUCCUCUCUCUCCAGGCCUGCCUGGGGAUUAUGGGGAUUCAUUGGACUGGGCAUCUGAGCUGUUGCUGUUGCCUCCAGAGACUGAUCUACUAGGAGGUUCUGGCUGGGGAGAACUUGGACUAUCCCCCUGCAAUGUAAAAUCCAUCAUUAUCCAGGACUGUAUGUGGAGUGGCUUCUCUGCCCGGGAGAAGCUGGAGAGGGCAGUCAGCGAGAAGCUGGGCAAAGCAUCAUGCACCGCAGAGCCAGCCAUUCCUCACCCACCUAGUUCAACAGUGGGCAGCACUGUGUCAGGGCGUGGGGUGGACAUGAAUAAUCCAGCAGCACAUUGUGUUGAUCCAGCCGUGGUCUUUCCAUUCCCAUUCAACAAGGGGGAGAGCUGCAGGACUGCCCCGGCUGGUUCUGCUGCCAGCAGUGCCAAUCCUCCACCCUGCACAACCACAUCUGUGCCAGCCGCCGCUACAGCUAGGAGCUGCACCCAGCCUUGCUCAACCAGCUGCAGCUCUGGUGAGGAAAGUCACAGUGACUCUGAUGAUGAUGAAGAAGAAGAAGAAGAGGAGGAGGAAGAGGAUGACGAAGAGGAAGAAAUUGAUGUGGUCACAGUUGAGAAAAGGCGCAACUCCUCCAACAAAUCUGUAACGUCUCUUACAAUCACCGUACGACCUAAAAACACCAUCUUGGUGUCUGCCAAGACCACGCAGAAUGAGGUGAUCCUCAAGCGAUGCGCUCCAGUCCAUCAGCAGCACAAUUACGCAGCUCCCUCACCAUACGUGGAGACAGAAGAGGUGGCUCCACCUCAAAAAAAGCAGAAGAAUGAAUUGCCGCGCCUAGUAAAGAGCGUGGUGCCAACCAAGGCAAAAAGCUCCAGUCCUCGCAAUUACGACUCUGAGGACAGCGAAAGACGGCGGAACCACAACAUAUUGGAACGCCAACGGCGCAAUGACUUGAGGUCGAGUUUCCUGACAUUAAGGGACCAUGUACCAGAACUCAUUAAAAACGAGAAAGCAGCUAAAGUCGUCAUCCUGAAAAAAGCCACUGAGUACGUUCAUUCCCUGCACGCCGACGAACAGAAACUCUUACUGGAAAAAGAAAAACUGCAGCUCCGACAGCAACAAUUGGUCAAGAGAAUCGAACACUUGCGGACUUGCUAAACUUUUUCCUUUUAGUAUUUUUUGCUCCGCCGUUUUUUGAUAUUGUUCGUUUCGUUUUCCUCUCCCUGAACUGUUGAUGCCACUUUGCACAUUUUUGGAUUCUUUAAAAAAAAAAAAAAA